AUGGCGAGCCCGCUCGCCGACGCGACCGCCGCGAGGUCGGCCUCGAGCCUCGCCUCCCACCUCGUCUCGCCCCGCCACGCGCGGUCGAGGUCGGAGAGCGUCUCGAGCGACAAGCCGUCGACCAUCGGCCUCGGCCUCGGCCUGACGAUGCCUCCCCUCGCCGUCUCGCCCGAGCCGGCCUUCAUCGCCGGCCCCGCGGCCUCCCAGAUCGUCGCCGGUCGUCACGACGGCCACGCCGAUGCCUGGUGUGACCAGAACGGCAUCGAGCCCGCCUCGGAGACGACGACGACCUCGCCCGCCGCCCUCCACCUCGUCAACGGCUUCCUCGACCAGCUUCUCUUCCACUUCCUCCAGGUCGCCAAGUCGACCCACCUCGCCGCCCUUCGCCCCGCCGUCUCCGAGAUCCUCAAGCCGAGGCUCGCCGACGACAUCAUCAGGAACGCCGACCAAGAGCUGCGCGAGUAUCUCGGCGGCGCCCACGACGACGAGCAUGCCCCGUCGCCCGAGUCCCGCGCCUGGGACGUCGAGCUGGCCUGGAAGCGGACGCGCCUGCGAUGCAUGGUCUACUCCUCCCUCGGCGACUUCGAGGACGACGACGAAGACUUGUACGUGGAGCGGGACAACCUCGACGUCGGCGCCCACGAGAACCGCGCCGACGCCAUCUCUCCCGCUGUCGCCAUAUUCCUCACCUCGGUCCUCGAGUACGUCGGAGAGCUCACCCUGACCGUCGCCGGCCGCGCCGCCUACCAACGCGUCCGCGCCAAGAUGGAGAGCGACCUCCGCGACGGAACCCGCGACGUGGCCGAGAGUGCCGACCGCGUCGUCGUCGACGACAUGGACGUGGAACGCGUCGCCCUCGACCGCACCCUCGGUCGCCUGUGGCGCGGAUGGAAGAAGCGUAUGCGAUCCCCCGUCACCGACAUGGCCGGCCGUCCCUAUUCCCGAGGCUCCCUCUCCAACCUCUCCAGCAGACCCUCGAGGCAAGACUUGCCCGACGGGAGCGACGCCGGAUCCGGCUGGGCGAGGACGUCGCAGGACACCCUUGCCGAGCACGUCCUGCCCACGGACAUUCCCUUGCCUUUGGGUGACAGGGACGUUGACGAGAUAGAGGUCCCGGGCCUCGUCCAAUACAGCGACGACGAGGACGAGGACGAGGACGACGACGUCGCCGAGCCCAAUCCCGCGCCCCCUCGCCCCAAGAGCCUCUUCAUGGAGCCCUUUGUGCUUGUCAAUGGCCUGCCGGCCGCUUCGUCCACGGCGCAUCCGCAGAUUGUCCUCCAUCCCCCCCGCCGGAGGUCGUCGUCGGUUCCCUCGCCUCCCCUGACGUCAUUCCAUGCCGUCAAACGAUCCGACCUCCAGUCGCCCCGGACGAGGACCCGAAUCGGCGCCCCCGACGAGCCAACCGCCGUCGACGUUGACGCCGCGCAGUUGGAUGCCAUCGUCGAUGCCGACACCGAAGUGGCCGCCGUCCGCAAGCGACCUUCAACGCUGCCUCCGCUCGACACCCAACGCAAGGAGUCGGACUCGUCGGACGAUGCGCACGAGGUCCCCAUCUUGGAGACGGCCGAGGUCGUGACGUCGUCUAGGAUCUCCAUCGCCGGCAGCUCGGCUUCGUCCAUCUCCGACGUCAGCAAACGGUCGUCGAUGAAGCGAUCAUCGAGCGUCCGCUCGGCCCGCAUAAUCGACGUUGCCGGCCCUAGGAGCCCAGCCCGUUCGCGUCCGCCUUCGAUCGAGAUUCCUGACCGCCAACGUCCCGUCAGCUUGUCCGGUCUCGCGCGGGCAGACGCGCACCCUCCCAAUCGUUUCUCAAACACUCGUGACCAUGGGUCUCGGACCUCGAUGGACAAGAAAAAAUCAUUCUCGAGGCAGUCGUCGGUGUACACUUCGGAGUCGGACGAUGCCCUUCGACGCCCCGUCUGGGCACCAGAGUCGCCCAGCACCGUUCGCUCCGGAGCGAGCACCGCGGCCCUCCCUGCUUCUCGUCACGCGAGCGAUCAGGACGCGGCAACGGUGGUCGAGGUAACGCCGGCGUCGUCCGCGGCGAGUCGUGACGUUGCGCAGGCCGACGUCAACCAUGUCACGCCCAAGGCUCAUCACCCGGCCAGCCUCACCAUCGUCGACGGCGCGCCGGCAACCCCUCCGAGGGACGCCGAGAACCUCAACCUUCACAGCCCGACGGCCGACAGUCGUGGCGUGCCCCCGGACGAGCGUUUGGGAGCCAAGGAUACCGACGAGGAUAUCUCGCUCCCGAGGCUGCAGACCAAUCUCCCUCCUCGCCAUGCCCACACGCCCGCCUCCUCCAUCUCCUCCGUCACCUCGCGGUUGAAGCCGGUUAGGGAUUCCGACGACAACUCCAGCCGCUCCGAGAGCGUCGCGCGCAACUUUGAGGAGCUGAUCCAGAGCAACCAAACCAUCAGCUACACGCUCACGCCCGAGAACAUGCGAGGCAUCGACUCCAACCGUUCUCUCGAUGGCCCCAUCAUCACCAAGGUUUCGAAGAAGCCGGACGAUCUUCGCGGCCAAUACCCGUCUCCUCGAUCUUCGCCGACGGUGGCGGACGCCUCGAUGCCACCCCCAACGCAACCGCUGAGGAGCCCGCCGAGGUCCAAAGCGUCGGAGAGCAAGGUUGGCAAGCCGACAGAACUCAUCCCCCGCGUCCCCGUGGGACGGGCAGCGUCGGCCACCCAACCCGGUGCCACCCUCACGCGAGAAGAGCGGGCUCCCAGAGAUUCCAUGACAGACUUUGCCACGUUCCUCAAGUCGACCGGACCCCCUGCCGACGCGGGCCCUUCUCGGAAAGCCGUGUCGGCAAAGGGCAGCGCACCACCUCGGCGCGCCUCCUCGGGCGGUAACUUUGGCCGCUUCCAGCCUCGUGAGGCGGCGAUCGAUUGCAGGGCGGACAAUUCGGACUUGAUCGAUUUCAUCCGCCAAGGUCCGCCCAGCGCUUCGAACGGCCAUCGGAUUCCUCGAAACGUCGCGCCGUUCCGCACGACGAUGGAUUCCGAUCAAAUGUCCAACGCCAUCGGCGGCAAGGCCAUCGACGCCAUGAUUCCUGACAUCCGGCACAGCCAGGCAUCCACGAACCUGACGGAUACCUCGAUGCCGUCGAUGCAAUCUUCCGUCAACUCGAGCUCGGCCCUGCUGAAGAGCAAGAGCCCCGCUGCGACGCCCAAGUUGUUUGAUGAGGGCGGGCUGAUACCCCGGCGCAAGCAGACGCGAGUCCGCGAUCCGUACGCCAUCGAGUACAGCGACGAGGAGGAUGACGACGAUUACGACGACGACGACGAUGACGACGACGACGCAGGCAUGGCAGGGUCCCCUAGGUAUCCCCCCAUCAAGAAGGAGGAGAGUCUGGCCGAAUUCCUGCGCAAUUACGAUCCGCCGCCUGAACCGCUCUCCGCCGCGGCACGGGUGCCCAAGAAGAAAACGAGCUCGCCGAGUCUCAUCGGCAAGUUCGGCCGCGUCGGCUCAAGAGAAGGCAGGGACCCCCUCAUCCCCAGCGAAGAGGCGCUAUCUCCGAACGGCCGUGUUGGCGGGAGGAAUGGACACAUCCCCAUCCAGGUGAACAUGCCGACGGGAUACGACAAGUACGGGUCCACGGACCCCCCCGUGAGCAGCUCCCGCAUCAUGGCGCCCCCUUCCGCCGGGUCGAGGGUUCCCCGAAAGAAGUUUGAACCCCGUGAAGCGGCGACGAGCAGGAUGGAGACGUCGGACUUGGCUGCCUUCCUACGCGACUCUGCGCCGCCCGAGACCGGCGCCGGCGCCGGCGGACCCGCGGCUAAACCAUCACUGCGGCCCGAGGAGAGCGGCAGUAGCAUUUCGAGAAUCUUUGGACGCAGGAAAAAGUCUGGAGUGGCAUAA